AUGGCUCCCAAGAACAGCGUUACUUCCGGAGCGGGAGAUGCCGAUAAUCGGAUGCCGUGGUUCAGCUACCGCGUCAAACUCCCAAAGCGGCCUCUCCCACCAGCGUCUGAACGGCCUCAUAUCCAGACACAACGGCUGACAAUCCGACCCAUAGAACCUGCAGAUCUAGAGCAGUUCCAUGAGCUGCGGCGUAUACCCGAGCUGCAAACCCGUUCACCAACAAGAGGUCGGGCGGAUCGAGAUCUGCAGGAGACACAACAAAACAUCGAGAGUCUUCAGUCACCGAAUGAUACUAUGCAUUGGUAUUUUGGCGCAUUUCUCAACUCGACUGGCGAAAUGAUUGGUGAGGGGGGUAUGCCAGACUGCCUCUAUAUGCCCCGGUCUGGAUGGCCCGAGGGAGAAAUUCUCGUCAAACCUCAAUAUUGGCGCCAGGGAUAUGGUACUGAAAUGCUCCAGGCUAUUCUAGAAGCGUGGUGGGCCUUGCCGAGGGAGGUGAGGAGGCACCAACUAUUACCCAUAAUGGCAGGAGACAAGGAGCCCGGCGAUCGAGUAGUCGAAGGCGUGGGAUUCAUCUGGGAGGAAGCAAACACUCCAGCACAGAACUUCUUCACAAAAGUACUUGGGCGGAGUUCCGCUUACGCUGAGGGCGCUUUUAUGGGUUUCGACCGGAAAGAGGUCAUUGGCGAAGGAGACAUUGGAAUUCAGAAUUGGUCAAAUGGUCACACGUAUGAGGAGGUGAAAUCGAACUCAGCGAUUUCAUGCGAUGAGGAGCCCGUCUUUGGUCCUUAUUUCAGCGCCGAAGCGCUAGCCGCAGACGCCAGGCACCUCGACGACGAGGAGCAAACCAGCGAUGAGCACAGUGGCGAUGACAGCACCAGCGAGGAAGAAUUCAUCAGAAAGAUAAAGAAGAAGAAGCAUGUGUUUAGAAAUGUGGUGCCGGUAUCAGUUAUCAAGCCUGAGGUAGAAUACCAGACCAAGGUCCCAGCCAAGUCGACAAUCAUCGCAAACAUCAGCCAAAGAAGAAUGGACCGGAUACCAGUCACCGAGGAGGGUCGUAAGGAUAUCUGCCUUCCUUGUGGACUUGAUACUAUAUCUCAACCGGACUUGUCCCUCCAUGAGCUGCCAUGUGGGCACCGAUGGUGUAAGGGUUGCCUGGCAAGAGCUUUCAAGUUCGCCAUCGCCAACAACACAUUUCACAGAUUCCAAUGCUGCACCGAGACGGAGAUUCCAUUGAAAUAUUUCAAGAGAAUCAUUGAGAAGAGGCCUCAUCCAAAGCCGAUAUUCGAACCAGGCUACGAGCCGGGCUCUAGAAUGGAAAUUUACAAACCAGAGGAGCAAGAGGCUUCGCAGCUUGCUGAAAGUAGAGAUUUCAACCCCCUCAGAGUUUCUGAGUCUGACGAGCCUCUGAAGACUACAGCAUUGUGGCUCAGAGAUAUCAUCCGGCGCCUAGCACUCGACGGAGAACAAAGCUACGAGGGCUCCGCCCCCAACUGCGAAUCAGUCGACGGCUGGAUGCGGGACAGCUUAUCAUUGAUUCUGGGGAAGAUCGGAGAGGGCCCACAGCCAUUUCCAAGGUUUUGCGGUGAAAUGCAUGUGACCCUCGCUCGCCUUUACAUCUGGGGCGAGCAACGCUAUCAGCAACUCGUGUGGAAUGCACCCCCGUAUACCGCUGACCCACGGCAUCCUUUCAGCCGCAUGGCUCCUGUCGUGGAACAGUGGGCCAGGUGUCCCCUGGGCACCAUGUUGUCACUGCAGAUCAUUCUCGUGGGCGGCUUGCUGGCCACAACGACCCUGGCUCAGGCGCAGAACAAGACUGUCGAAUACUUCUUUCCUGAGGUGGCCGGCAACAGCUACUAUACACCGAAAAGAUGGAGGACGGCCAUCGGCGGACAGAAUUUUACCUGGUGUUGCAUCCAAUCUGUGAUCGAGUCUCUAGCCGUCGAUAACGAGACCUUGGUUGCUGCUGAGAACCCCCCUAUCACCAAUCUGGAUGUGGCCUUGCUUCAGAAAGCGCAAGCGGACGACCAAUUCCCAUGCACUGCUCGCUAUGACCCGGACAAACCUGAAGGAGCCCCAGAGAUCAACGUGCCGUACUCCUGGUUUGCCGAAACCUGCCCAGGAUGGGCACUCAGCAGUCGCUCUAACUUGAAUGGCUGGCUUCAACCUUUGUCAGGCUUCCUCUUGCCUGCCGUUGUCUUUUGUCUAUCAGUUCCUCGCCGCCGAAAGAUCCAUGUUUUCCGCGAGUUCUUUGUCGCCGACCUUGCAGGGAUUAAGAGUUACAUUCCCGCCUUUUUUGGUGCGAUCGGUGCAAUGGUCAUUGUAGCACUCGAUACGAUUCUCUGGUUGUUGAUAUGUUGGGGUCUUUCUGCGCCCAUGAUCUUGAGUGGGUUGUACGAGGCUUUGCUGGAUAGCCGUGUGAUUAACUUUGUACAGGAGAAGAUGAAGAGCAGGAAUUUGACCUUGGACAUGCGUUGUCGAUUAUUGAUGCUGGUUCUUAUUGGAAACCUAGAUCUGGCCCUUGAAGACGACCCUUCUUCAACCGACCCAGCUCAAGAACGCCGGCUGUCAUCACGCAAUAUCGUCAUCCAGGGCACAAGUCCAAGUUCAGGUCGCAGCCUCAGUCGCACAAGAAGCGCCACGUUUGACCAUGAUGCGGUGCAGCAGCCGCCUCUGGCCAAACCUAGUACCCCUGACCUCGGCGUACCUCUCGGCCUGCUCUCUAGUAACAAAGAGUCAGAAGGGGACGUCAGUGAAAUCCGGCAACGCCCAUUAUCUCCCCAUGCCGAUCACCUGGGAAUAUCCUCUUGCGAUAGCACGACGAGGGCCGAUAGUAGCUCAAGGCGAUCCGCGACCCGCAUGCCAGCGGCACGAAGUUCCGCUCUCGACUCUGAUACACUUAUCGAGCAGCCUGAAAAUCUCGUCAUACAACGCAGGGAUACUACUCACUUGAAAGCCUCGCCGUGGCGGCACAUGGAAGAGCUACUAUAUCCGAUCCGGCUCUACGACGAUGAAGAUACUGAGAGGCACCUGUCACCACGCCAAUACGCCAGACGCAACCAUCGCUACGACCUAUGCCAAGACCGACACUGCACGAACUACAACCACUUCGUGAGCGAGCGACCGCACGCGCGAACCCCUAAGAUUGCAAAGCAGAUUCGCAAGACAAAGACGCGCCUCCGAACUAUGGUCAAUUGUCAAUAUUCCUUCGGCUCAAUGGUUGGCGCACCAGUGGUCUUUUUCCUGGGCGGCUUCGUCUUUGCCCUGGUUCAAAGCGUUCAAGAAAUCGGAAACGAGGACAUCGCUCUCGCCCUGGCCUUCGGUCAGUGGUACAUGACGAUCCCUCACAUCGCCAUUAUAUCUGGUCUUCUGCUUGCUGGCAACAACCCAAACAUCCUUGAGGGUGUCUUCGCAACUCAACGACAGGAUGAGCAGGAUCAGGUGAAGUUCCUAGGGCUCCAUUUUGGCCUCGCCUAUCCCAGCUGUUACAAAGUUGCCUGGCAGUGGCAGAGGGGCUAUAAUAAGCUACGCUGGAUUCGCACGCUUCUGAAGACGUAUGGAAAUCCCAGCCACACCAUCCAGGACCGUGUUGGACAGGACGAACAAGGAGACAAUAUGCAAGAUUUAGAAGAUCUCAGGGAGAAGACGACCUUGGCCCCGCUCGACUGGUUCCUAAUACUGUUCAUGGCGGCCUUCCUCCUUGGUGUCCCGUUCGUCCUGGCAUUUCUCACGGCGUUUUUCACACCACAGGUUGGUCUCUCAUGCAGAUCGUUCACCUUUACCAUAUACGCCUGCGCGCAGUUUUCACAAGUUCUUUUAUGGCUGUGGGCAUACGCUGGCCCCCCAGGAAAGGCCAAAGGGCCUGAUAUACCAAAGGAAAGAUCCGGGCCGUUGAAAUUCUUAUGGCGCGGAGGAUGGCUGGACAAGCAUGGCUUCUACGACCCAAGAAACGCCGACCACUUCCUUGAUUCGAAGCAGUCGAGAAGCCCCCGCGAGAUCUGGAAGCAGAUGAAAUCGCGAGACUUUAGAGACAUCCGCUCUGUAUGGGCUUGCCUCUGGUAUUUCCUGUACAUCUUCUUUGGCGUGAUCGCCGGCGUGGCUGCCUUGGGCGGAACUUUGAUGCAGCUGUUGGGCGUGUAUACUGCCAAUAUCUGCCAAGUCUCUGUCUACGACUGGCUCGACCCGUACAGACCUGAUGUCACCGCAAUGAUUUCAGUCAACACCAAGGCUAUGAUCGACGAUGCUCAGAUCUACUGGGAACCUUGUGGAAUCACGGCCAUCGCGUUCAUGACCUUCGUCUCAUUUGUGGGUUGGUGGUACCAGCGGCGUAUGAAAGACCUGUUCACUACCCUGGUCAGCGAGGUCGAUUCGGAUAAAUAUGAUCGCGCGGAUACGAGAGCUGCAAAGAGGUCCUCGACCUCACAGAAUGGGAUGCAUAAUGGUGAGGAGCGGCAUUUAUGGGGAAGUCCUGCAAUCUGA